UCAAACACUGGAGUGAUGAGCUGAUAGUGGUAACAGCUGUUGCCAUGCCAUCCUGCACAAAAUGGCCUCAGAUCUCCCUGUCUUAUCGUUAUACCUGACCACCACAGGGGGAGCCUCUGCUAUACUGAGAGGAGAUCACCUACGCAUUAGCACCACCCUUUGCCCUGCCCCCUGGUCAGCCUCCAACAUGGCUCUAGCAGUCUGGAUCAUCUUCACCUGUGCUGUUGCUUUCAGCAAUGUUGCUCCAUCCUCACCAGCUCUGAGCCGGUCAAUGAUGCCCUUCGGCUUGAUGCGUCGAGAGCUGGCAUGUGAAGGCUACCCGAUCGAGCUGCGCUGCCCUGGAAGUGAUGUCAUCAUGAUUGAGACAGCCAACUACGGCCGCACCGAUGACAAGAUCUGUGACGCAGACCCCUUCCAGAUGGAGAAUGUGCAGUGUUACCUGCCCGACGCCUUUAAGAUUAUGUCACAGAGGUGUAAUAACCGCACCCAGUGUGUGGUGGUAGCGGGGUCGGACGUGUUCCCAGACCCAUGCCCAGGAACCUACAAGUACCUGGAGAUCCAGUAUGAGUGUGUCCCCUACAAAGUGGAUCAAAAAGUCUUUGUGUGUCCGGGGACGCUGCUGCGGGUUCAGCCGGCUAGCUUACUGCAGGAGGCUGAGCACCAGGCAGGGGCGUGGUGUAAGGACCCGCUGCAGUCUGGGGACCGUCUCUACGUCAUGCCCUGGACCCCCUAUCGCACUGACGUGCUGUAUGAGUAUGCCUCCUGGGAAGACUUCAAACAGAACCGACCCACAACCAACUACAAGUUGCCCAACAGAGUUGAUGGCACAGGGUUUGUGGUGUACGAUGGUGCAGUGUUUUACAACAAAGAACGCACACGAAACAUUGUAAAGUAUGACUUGCGGACACGCAUCAAGAGCGGCGAGGCCAUCAUCACAAACGCCAACUACCAUGACACCUCGCCCUACCGCUGGGGAGGGAAAUCGGACAUUGACUUGGCUGUGGAUGAGAACGGCCUCUGGGUAAUCUAUGCCACUGAGGCCAACAAUGGACGACUGGUGGUCAGCCAGGUGAACCCCUACACCCUGCGCUUUGAAGGCACCUGGGAGACCAGCUUUGACAAGAGGAUGGCAUCCAACGCCUUCAUGGCGUGUGGUGUGCUUUACGCCGUGCGCUCCGUCUACCAGGACGAUGACAGCGAAGCAGGCGGCGACCUUGUGAUGUAUGCAUAUAAUACGAACCGAGCCCGCGAGGAGCCUGUUAACAUCGCUUUCCCCAACCCCUAUCAGUAUAUUUCCUCUGUGGACUACAACCCUCGAGACAACCAGCUUUAUGUCUGGAACAACUAUAAUGUGCUGCGCUAUCCGCUGGAGUUUGGACCACCAGACCCCACUACGGGCCCACUGACCACCACCCAAGUGACCACCACUCUUCCAGCCAGGCCCUUCACCUCCAGUGCCAGCCCCUCUACCGCCCGGCCUCUGGCCCCCACCUCACACCCAAUCGGCUCCAUCAACAAGCACCCUGAUCUUCGACCAAUCACAGCCACUGUGCCUGUCACCCGCCGGCCACCCCUCCCUCCUCAAGGCUCGGAGCCCCAUGUCUGUGAGGCCAAGCUGGUCCGUGGUGUCCAAUGGCCCUCCACUCAGAGAGGAGAAACAGUAGACCGCCCAUGUCCCAAAGGAUCUCUAGGCAUAGCUUCGUUCCAGUGCUUGGAGGAGCAGGUCAUGUGGAACCCACGGGGUCCUGACCUGAGUAACUGCACCUCCCCGUGGGUCAACCAGGUGGCCCAGAAGAUAAAGAGCGGCGAGAAUGCUGCCAACAUAGCUGGAGAGCUGGUGAACCACACACGGGGCCGGAUCCAGGCUGGAGAUGUCAGCUCGUCUGUGCGACUGAUUGAGCAACUGCUGGACAUACUGGAUGCCCAGCUUCAGGCCCUGAGGCCCGGAAACAAGGAGUCAGCUGCACGAAACUACAACAAGCUCCAGAAGCGAGAGCGGACCUGUCGGGCCUACAUUCAGGCGGUAGUGCAGACAGUGGACAACUUGUUACGUCCCGAGGCCCUGGAGUCGUGGCAGGACAUGAACAGCACAGAGCAGGCCCACACUGCCACCAUGCUACUGGACGUCCUGGAAAAGGGAGCAUUCCUUCUGGCCAACAACAUGUAUGGGAUUCACUUUUCUGACCGAGCGCCCAGCAUUGAUCUCGAGGUGCAUGUUCUAAACACAGAGAUGGACCUGCAGGACUUGUCCUUUCCACAGAACUAUGCCAGUGACAGCACCAUCCAGCUUUCAGCUUCCACUAUCAAACAGUACAGUCGUAACGGACAAGUCAAGGUGGUGUUCAUUCUGUAUAAAAACUUGGGAUCCUUCCUGUCCACUGAGAACGCCACGGUGAAGAUGGAAGUGGAUGGGCCAAGCCACGAUAAGAAGCGCCUGGCGGUCAACUCUCAUGUAAUUGCUGCGUCCAUCAACAAAGAGUCCAGCAGAGUGUUUCUCAUCGAGCCAGUGGUCUUCACACUCAAACAUCUACAGUUGGAUGAUUAUUACUCUCCAAAUUGCUCCUUCUGGAACUACUCGGAGCGCUCCAUGACAGGCCAGUGGUCGUCACAGGGCUGCAAGCUGCUGGACACCAACAACACACACACCACCUGCUCCUGCAGCCACCUCACCAACUUUGCCGUGCUCAUGGCUCACCACGAGCCCGAUUACCAGGGGAGAAUGCAUGAACUGAUCCUGUUUGUGAUCACCUGGGUGGGGAUUGUCAUCUCCCUAGUGUGUCUAGCCAUCUGCAUCUCCACUUUCUGCUUCUUGCGAGGCCUGCAGACUGACCGCAACACCAUCCACAAGAACCUCUGCAUCAACCUCUUCAUCGCCGAGUUGCUCUUCCUCAUCGGCAUUGACAAGACAGAAUACCAUAUUGCCUGUCCCAUCUUUGCUGGCCUUCUGCAUUUCUUCUUCUUGGCUGCCUUCUCCUGGAUGUGUCUGGAGGGUGUGCAACUCUAUCUCAUGCUGGUGGAGGUCUUUGAGAGCGAGUACUCCCGCAAAAAGUACUACUAUCUGUGCGGAUACUGCUUCCCCGCACUGGUGGUGGGCAUCUCUGCGGCUAUAGACUACAGGAGCUAUGGAACCAAGAAAGCAUGCUGGCUGCGAGUGGAUAACUACUUCAUCUGGAGCUUCAUUGGACCCGUUUCAUUUGUUAUUAUGCUCAACCUCAUUUUCCUCAUGAUCACUUUACACAAGAUGAUCCGCAAUUCUUCAGCACUCAAACCUGACUCCAGCCGUCUGGAUAACAUUAAGUCAUGGGCUCUGGGGGCCAUUGCUCUGCUGUUCCUGCUGGGCAUGACGUGGGCCUUUGGCCUCCUCUUUAUUAAUGAGAACACAGUAAUCAUGGCCUAUCUCUUCACCACCUUCAACGCCUUCCAGGGCAUGUUUAUCUUCAUCUUCCACUGUGCACUGCAGAAGAAGGUUCAUAAGGAGUACAGUAAGUGUCUGCGUCACUCCUACUGCUGCAGCCGCACCUCCACCACCAGCUCCCACGGCUCCCUGAAGAACUCAGGCCUGCGUGCCAACAACCGCUACUACAGCGGCAGCCAAGCUCGCCAUGCAGCGGCCCACCGACAGAGUCGGAUCCGCAGGAUGUGGAACGACACGGUUCGAAAGCAGACAGAAUCUUCUUUCAUGGCGGGAGAUAUCAAUAGCACCCCAACACUCAACCGCGCAACCAUGGGCAACCACCUUUUGACGAACCCAGUGUUACAGACUCGCACUGGUACCUCUCCUUACAACACUCUACUGGCUGAGAGCUUCACCCCACCCUCACCUGGCGUCUUCAACUCUACCGGAACCUUCCGUGACCCAAAGAGCACGUUAUCAAAGGCCCGCGACCCCUGUGGGAUGGAAACCCUGCCCUUGAAUGGUAACUUCAACAACAGCUACUCCCUGCGCACUGGCCCAGGGGGUGUAGGCGGGGGCAGCUGUGACUUCCUUGGUGGUGGGGGUAAAGACAGUCCCCCGCCCCUCCUCAAUCCCCGCGGCUCAGAGGCACUGGUAGGCGGAGGCAUCCGACGAAACCUCUCUGAUGCUGCGGCCUUCGAGAAAAUGAUCAUCUCUGAGCUUGUGCACAACAACCUAAGAGGUGGUGUUGGAGGAGGAAGUGGAGGAGGUGACGUAGCAGACAGGGUGUGCGGCAGCCUGGCCAGGGGACGUCCUCACGGUGGGGUUGGUCGGGGGACAUCAGGUGCCGGGCCAGAGCCAUGUAUGAGCAUGGAUGAAGACGAAGACUUUCUGAGAGAGGGGCGGCAGCACACCCCGCAGGAUGUGGAGCUGCUUUAUAAAGCUCUGGAGGAGCCCCUGCUGUUGCAGCGAGCCCAGUCGGUCCUCUACCAAAGCGAUCCAGAGGAGUCAGAGAGCUACACGGCCGACCUCACUGAGAGCCUGGGCAACAGCGGCCACAGUGGCCAGAGUGCUGGUGGGCAGGCAGGCAACAGAGCGCCAGACUCCCCUGCCCGUGACUCCCUGUACACCAGCAUCACCAACCUGCGAGACUCACCCUACCCUGACAGCAGUCCUGAGCCCCUGGAGGUGGUCCCCCGUACGGCCCAGCCCCCUGAGGAGCUGUACUACAGCUCCGGGAGGCCCGCCCUGGGCUCUCGUGGGGCCCCCAUGCAGACCUUCUACCAGGCCCCACCCAGGAGACCGAGUGGGGAAGGACACCUGGCUCAGGAGCCUGUCCACAAUGAGGGAGAUGGACAGAUGCAGCUGGUCACCAGCCUGUGACUGGAGCCUGAAGGAGGAAGUUGGGGACUAAUAUGAUGGCCAAAGCCGCCUCCUUGCCCGCCUCGUUCUCGUGUCUCUCCACUUUAUGCUUGUUUGGUUGCCUUUUUUUUCUCUUGACUUUUAUUUAACUACUGUAACAGAUGAGCAAACAGAGUGACCUUCAGGUGGAGUCGUGCCUGACUCUGCAGAAUCAGCCUUUCUCUCUAACCCUCCCCCAUCUUAUGGAGAUGAGUGAUAGGUGUUUUUUUCCGCAGAGCAUUCAUAGGCUCCCUGCAAACCCCAGUCCUCCCCAUUUCCUUUGGUACCCUAAGGCCAAGUCCAGCACUCUGAAUGUACCAAUCCACCCCCUUUACCUUCAGAUAUUUCAAAACUUUAAAACUUUGUUAAAGUUUUUUUAUGUAAUUUCUCUUCAGACCUGCCUCCGGAGAUGGGAAUAUCAUUUUAUAUUUUAUCUCAUUUCCCUUUCGUACCAUAUAUAGGUAUUUUUUGAGUCAUCAUGUGAUUGGAGUAGUUAGCUGUGGAGACAGGGAAUAUAGUUCACUAUUAUAACCUAAAAAAUGUCUCAGAGAAAGCUCUUCAUUGUUGCCAAAAAUAUCUUUUAUUGAGCCAGAACAGAAACUAGAACAUUCACACAUACAAACACACAUACACACACAGGCACACACACACACACACACACACACACACACACACACACACACACACACAUGCUCACUCAUCCAGAAGUGCUCAUUACUGAACAUCAAGAGUGAAAACAGUACUCCAUCUAAGUAAAAGGGAACAAGAGCUUUUGUUCCAAGCAGGCAGUGGGAGCUGAUUCAGAGUAGUUGCCUUCAUUUUCUCUUGCUGUGAAUCGACGACUAUGUACAGAAGUGGAGUAGAGGCAGAGACGGAGACUCACGAGGUGCUGCACCACCCCUCCAGAGCGGGAGAACCUGCAUCCAUAAGACUGGCCAAUCCUCUCCACUCUCCUCUCUGGUUGUUUGCUUUAGGAAUUUGAAAAGUUAAAUGACUGCCUUGCUAUUGUUUUGAAAGGAGUAUUCAAUUUGUUGACUUUGGGUCUGCAUCCUCUGCAGGAGCGGACUGGUGUCGCCCCCUACCCCUGUACUUUGCUGUUAGAGCCUAGCCAGUUGAAGUGGACUUGUUUCCCGUGUGUGGUUGUGACAAACAAGACUGUAAACGCCGCAAACGCACUGGCCAGCCAAUUGGUAUAAGCGUGUACAUAGGAACCACACAUGAAUCUACUUUAUUCCUACUAUGUAAAUAGAGACACCAGAUGAUCAAAAGCAACAAAAAGUAACAAAUACUAUGAAACAUGACUUCUUGUACUGCAACAAACCAACAAAAGAAAAAAAUAAAAUGUUUUGGAGUUUGUGAACUGAAUGAUAAACUCUAUCUCUCUCCCCCAUGGCUUGAUCCCUCGCUCUCACUCUUCUGUGCCAUCCAGUGAAAAAUCCUUAGUAAUCCAAUGGAGAGAGAAAGGCAGGCAGAGAGAGAGACAGAUUUUAAUGUGUAGUAGAUUUUAUUUAUCCAAAUGGAAAACGGAACAAAAAAAAUCCCGGCACAAUUUUUAUGUAAUAUAAUCCGUUACAAUGUUUGACCUUUGACAUUGGAAUUGCCAAAGUCAGCGGGGCGGGCGGGAGGCAAGCGAGAUAGAUGUCGUCAAAUGUCAUACUGUGCCUCACAGGCACGAUAAAGCAUUGUGGCUGAACAACAGCAUCCAUAAAGUGAUUUGGUUUGCUUUUGUAUUAUUUGGAAGAUAUAACCAGAUUACAUACUUUUAACAACAUCGGUUUUAGCAUGUAUGAUGACAUUUGUUUUACUAUCAGAGAAUAUUACAUUUUGCUGUUUCUUAAAAGAUAGUUUCAGCAUUACUCCAGAGCCUAAUGUGACAAUUCAUUAAUUUCCUGUGUGCACGUGUUUGUGUGCAUGUGUGUAAGUAUGAUGUCUGACUGGCUGGUUGUGUGUGUUCACUGUCAAGUGUGUGUGUGUGUGUGUGUGUGUGUGUGUGUGUGUGUGUGUGUGUGUGUGUGUGUGUGUGUGUGUGUGUGUGUGUGUGUGUGUGUGUGUGCCGUGUACCAGACUUUUGUAUGUGCGCACACAUUUGAAAGGCUAUUUCUUUUCUUCUUGAAUGCACAGCUGACAAGGGGGAUACUCAUCUCAGAGAGCUGCCAUUACUUCUCCGCUUCAAGUGGAAGUUGCUCUUGCCGUGGUGUUAAGGUACAAGGAGGACAGGAAAAUUCAGACCGCCUGGGGAGAUGGGAGAUAACCAUAUACCACAAAAAUGACAUACAGGGUUGACUGAUUGGGAGGAACAUGUUUCCAAUAUGCCACCUUAUGCAAGCGAUACAUUUGAGAAAUUAGCUGUCAAGAGAGAGCUGCUCAUGAGGAUCCUUUCAUCCAGCUGAAAUCUGUCUGACCUUUAAAAAAAAAAAACUGAGAGUUUGCCUUCUUCUACGCUGUAUUUAUAUAUAUUUGUUAUGGUUUAUUUAUCAGUUUUUAUGUAUGUUUUUGGAAUAUUUAUUCACAUUGAUUUAUUCAUGUCAUUGCUAUUUUUAUUUUUUUACUGUCUCCCUCGUAAAUCUGCGGCAAGCGAAGGAGUGCGAUAUGUAGACAGAACGUGAGCAGAAAAUAGAUGAAUCCACUGCAGUGUGACAUUUGGCUAUAGAGCCUGACUGUCCCACUUCUAAGAGAACCCAAAGGACAGCUUUUAGCUGUGGCUCCUGGGGCUGCAAGAGAUAGAGGGUUAAAGACAGAUAAGGGAGAGGGAUUACAAGGAUUUGGCACCAUUUAUUCUUGUUAUUCAAAUCACUGGUGUAAGUAACAUUGUAUGGGCCACGGAGCGCGAUGAGGCUCAGAAAGAAGGCACUAGUAUCAUCACUUGAGCCAUAGGGGGAACACGUGCAAUAUUGCUUUGAUGGUACAUGACUUGGAUUUGCAGCUGAACCUGGGAGCUGUCUGUGUUUACAAAUGAAAAGACAAUAUGCACAUGUAUUCUGCUCUGCUGCGCUGCUGGACAAUGUGAAGCACGGAUCUCACGGCUCGGUGGCGGGGCACCGUACCGAGGCCGCGCUCACUGGUCAACUGGACAACUGAAUGUAUUUUAACAAGCAUGUCUGAAGAUAAAACAAUUCACUCCAGGGUGGACGUGUUAAUGGGAAACACAAGGCGGCCAUCAUCAUCUUUAUCCCCCAUCACUCUCAUCACCAUCAUCAUUAACUCCAUCCCUCCCUCAUUGUAUUUGACAUAAUGUGCUGAGGCUGAUCUCUACUGCUCAGCUGGGACCCGCCCCAGGGGAGAAACACUGUUUAAAAAGGCACUCCCCAUGAGAGGAGGAAUGUGCGUCACCUUGGGCCUGCUUCUCUCUUUUCCAGCACCUCCUACCUCCUUUUCUUUUCCUCCCUUUCCCCCCCAUCUCAUCCACAUUUUAAUAUCAAUCUCAAUGGACGUCAUUAGUGCAGCACUUUUUUGAGAGUGUUAAUUUGUUUUGUCAAAAGCUUUGUUUAUCCCAGAUUAAUAUCUCAAUAAACAGAGGAGUGCUGUACUGUUGUAAAUGAUAAUGAUUAUACAGUAGAAAACCCACAGCCCAUGCUGUUGGACAGAGGCUCACACAUAGGAGUUUCUCCACCAUUCAGAGCCCUCCAAACCUGUGAUUACUGUAAUAACACAGUGGGUACUAAUUUACAACUCACCCUCGCUCUCUUCUACUCUCUUUUUCUGUCUCUGUUGGCAAAUGUUUAACAAAAUUCCCGUUUUUAUACUAGCAAGCCUGGUAUGCAUGUGCUCCAGUGGAUAGGUGGGACGCCCAACCUUUGACACAGUGCUGUCUCACCCCUGCAGCUUAGUGUUAGUGGAGAGUGAGCUGUGGCAUUGUUCAGUCUAUCAUUAGACAGUCCGUUUACUCGCAGUUGACCCUUUCACACACAUACUUUUUUUUUUCAACCAGUGACUUGUGUUGCCCAUAUCAGACCAGGAGGGCAGAUGGGAGGGAGCUACUGGUGUGUGAGUUCAAUAGCAGCAGGAGGUCAUUAUGUCGGUAAAGACUGGCCCAAGAGGGGACAGAGCGGUGACAACAUCAGCAGAGAUGUCACAGAUAUCACAAAUUCAUAGCUAUAGAGAGAGAGGAUGGCAGUUGAGGGGGGUUUGCAGUGAGGCUGUGCAGGGCUGGAUCUGGAGAUAAGGAGAUACAUGUGCUACUUUGUUUCAGGCUGCUUUCUGUUGGUGGUUAGCAAUCCAGAGGUUAUCACUUUAUUGUUUAAAUUGGUCAAGCUGGCAUGUCAGAUCUCAAGUUUGUUCAUUGAAUAAAACAAAUCUGCCUGUAGAGGAAGAAAGAUGAUGUGAUUGUUGUUUGGUCUAAUGGAUGCUUCCUUAAAAAACAAUGUGAAAAUGAAGCCACUGCCGCAUCAGCCGAUUAAAGUGAGAUUUUUUGAGUGCUAACAAAUGCGACGGAUUUUCCUAUACAGAUUUAUAAAAAGCAAAUGUAAACAAUGAUAAAGUAGUACUAUUUUGUUAUUGGUCUCUUGUUACGUGUCCACGUGACUACUGAAUACAGUACUCAUAGAGUAGUUUUAAGAAUAUGUAGGGGUGAUGAGGAUGAGGAUUGUGCUGUUUCUCUUUUGUGUUGAAUAUGUGUCCAUGAGGCUGUGCCAGCAAUUCAGGCCAUCUUUGAUGCACAGGGUGGGACCAACAUCAGAGGAGCUUUUGUGUAGGAUGGGCUUCUCCAAACCUGUGAGGCAUUUUCUACAUGGAGACACCAAGGUCCAAAACAAACAUAUCUUUUGACACACAUACAUGUGUACACAUCUUUAGUCAGGUUAGUUUUAUACACUGAAGUGGAGACGGACAUGUAUCUGCUGUAUACUUGUUAACGUCUAUACACAUACAGCAGGAACAGGCUGAAUCUGUAUCUUUCUAUUUCUUUCUUUUCCUCCAUUGGGUGCGCGGUCUAUGAGAGUGGGGAGGAGCUGAACUGUGCCUGCAUGUACCUGUCCAUGACUAAGGAUCUCCAUCCCUUUAUUGUCCAUGCAACAGGCUAGAAAAUGCUGCCCAAGAUUAUCUGUGUCCAUCAUCAAAGGUAGAAUAGCUGGCUAUAGCAGGUGUGUAUGGGAUAUUCUGAGUAUCAGCCAAGGGCUGCAUUAAUCAGCUCAGUACAGUAGAACCUGGUCAGUAUUGAACAUCCCCUGAAAUGCUUAAAUUUAUGGAAAUAAAUUAUUGGGUGCUAGUGGUUUUACAUAACAGGCUGUAGGCAUUGGUAGAAACAAUGGGUACUGACAUUGUGCCAUGUGGGGUUCUACAUAUAGCACCAUUUCCAGAGCUUUCUGUGAUUUUUCUAUGAAAUAAAUUAUUUAUGAUGUACCACUGAGACAGUUGUAAACUGAGGUUAAUAUAACACCUUGAUACUGUUUUUAUUUUCUUUGAGGAAUAAUGUUAAUUUGUUCUUUUUAAAUUUUAUUUCACACAAUCAUGCUUUGACAGCUGUCUGGGCCCAACGGGAUGAUUUUCUGUGAGUGUUUGCAUCAUCGCAGGUCGGAGCAACCUUGUAUCAGCACAUAUUAAUAAAAAACGAUUGAAAUUA